GGGGCGUGGCUUUGCGUGCUCCCGUUUCCCGCGGGAUCGCGGCUCCCGUUCCUCCCGGGCGGCGCUCCCGGUGCCGGGUUCGCCCAUGGACAGGUUCGUGGUUAAACUGCCCCGCGGGCAGCCGGGCGAUGGCGGCGGGAAGAGGCCGCGGCUGGAGAAGGCCGGCCCGGAGCGGCCGCCGCCGCGGAAGAUCCGCGCCGAGGGGCUCCGCUGUGAUUACCGCAUCCUCUUCGACAAGGCCGAGGCGGACGAGAUCUUCCAGGAGCUGGAGAAGGAGGUGGAGUAUUUCGAAGAUGACGCGACAAAGCUGCAGGUGUUUGGCAAGUGGCACAAGAUUCCCAGGAAGAAGGUGACCUACGGAGACCCUGGCUUGUCCUACACCUACUCAGGGGUCACGUUCCACCCCAAGCCCUGGAUCCCGGUGCUGACGCGGAUCCGGGAGCGCGUCACCUCGGAGACGGGACACUCCUUCAACUUCGUCCUCAUCAACAGCGCGGACUCCACCGCCAGGUACAAAGACGGCCUGGACCACAUCGGGGAGCACCGGGACGACGAGAAGGAGCUGGUUCCCCGCAGCCCCAUCGCCUCGGUGUCCUUCGGAGCCUGCCGGGAUUUCGUGUUCCGCCGCCGGGGCGCGGGCAGGAUCAGCGUGGCCCUGGCCCACGGCAGCCUGCUGCUCAUGGAGCACCCCAGCAACGUGCACUGGCACCACAGCCUGCCCCCGCGCCGGGGGGUGCUGGCCCCCAGGGUCAACCUCACCUUCAGGAACGUCCUGCCCGCGGCCACGCGGGGAAAUGUGCCGCCUCUGGGCCCUGGGAAGGGAAUUUAGUUCCUCCUGGACAAAAUUUGGUGAUUUUGCUGCUGGAGCCUGUGACCGCUGAUCUCAGUUUAACAUCUGGGAAAUGUUGCUCCGGUCCUGCUGAUCCUUGUUUUUGCUGGUUCUUCCUCUUGUUUUGCUGGGGAAGAAGUUUGUUCUCAGCUGAUCUUUAUCUAAGCAGUGUUCCAAGAAGAUGGAAAUGCUCCAUAGCCUGGAGGCAGCAGUUUAUCAACACUGUGAGCCACAAGCUGUGAUGAUCGUGUAAAGCUGAUAUUCUGCAGGUGGCACUUUCUGUCAAAGAGCUCUGGUUUGCUUGGGUUUGUUUUUUUUAAAUUAAAAUAAAGCAAAAUGAGCCUGAGAUGGAGAAGGGGAGUGCUGAGGUGUGAGGACAGGGUGUGGCUGGAUGAGUGUUUGACUCCUGUCUGCUUGAAUUGCUCUGCUCCUGAGGGAGGCUGCUCUUGCAGGAGGAAGCACAAGGUUUUUUCCUCCCUCAGGCACUUUGUACAAAAACCAGGCAGCAAAAAAUGCCCUUGUGGGGAAGAACUGGGUUGUCCCAUCUCCACUGGAAGGCUGUCACUCUGAGAGUGUAUUUCCCUAAAUAAUUAUCCCUAGGGAUCCCCUCCUGACUGCCUGAAAGCCACCACCUCCCACACCCGCAGGGAAUCCUGCUGAAAAUGAGGGAAUUCUGUCCCCAAGAGAUCUUAAACCAUCAAGGAAUUAUAAAUUCUGGGUGAGAAUGGGAACCAAAUCCUGUGUAACCUGGCUGCAGCCACUGGAAUUAGUGCUGGGCUCUGGCCUUCAGUGGUGGGUCCAUUAUUCCUGUGGAAUUAAGGCCUGUGCAGAGAAUUGGGAAUUGUUACUUCCCACCUUCUGCCACUCUGAGAUGCUCUGUGGAGCUUGAAAAUCCUUCUUAUCCAGGGCUUGUGGAGUGUUGUUUCAACCCCUUUGGCUCCCAGCUUGGUGUUUGUUUCAAGACAUUCCCACACUGAUUUUUCUACCAAGUUUGUUCUUUUAUUGCUACUGUACAGUUACAAAAAUACCCUGAAGUGGAAAAAAAGCAACUUCAAACAGCAGUGCAGUGCUUGGACUGGAACAGACAUUUUUAAAUUAACACACAAAAUAAGACAAGAAUAAUCCAAACACAGAAAUGUCAUCUUGGAGCUCUUAAUUCUUUACAAUUUAUUAACAUCUUCUCCACCAUGGCAGCUUGGGAGGGACGAGUAUCAGCGUUGGAGCCUUGUGGCUGCACAGAGCCCUGCCAGAGGGGAGGUUUGGCUGGAAAACAGAUCCCAGUGACCUCCAGAGGGGAGACUUGGCUGGAAAACAGAUUCCAGUGACCUCCAGAGGGGAGACUUGGCUGGAAAACAGAUCCCAGUGACUUCCAGAGGGGAGAUUUGGCUGGAAAACACAGAGCUCUGUGACCUCUGGAAAGACAGAUCCCAGUGACCUCCAAAGAGAGGCUGGGCUGGCAAACUCAGAGCCCUGGGACCUGCAGAUGGGAGGGUUGGUUCCCAAACACCUGCACAAAUUCCAGUGAUCUCCAUGGGUGUGGUUGGCUGGAAAACAGAUCCCAGUGACCUCCAGAGGGGAGGAUGAGCUCCCAAAGCCCUGCACAGCUCACAGGGGACAGGCAGGAUCUGGCACAGCUCAGGGCCAGGACUGAGGUGCUGGGCUUUGCUCCCUUCCUCAGCUGAGGGUUAAGCCAAGCCCAUCCACUCCUCCCCAAGCAAAGCCAGAAAAAAGGCUCAACCCUUCCCCUGAUAGCCCUUGAGGGAGAUCCAGAAUCAAUCCACAGCCCAGGGAAACAGCUCUUGGCAAAGAAAAACCUGCUGCUCCCAGCUGCCACAUUUCAGUGCACACUGUGCGUGUCCUCGGCCCCUCCUCCAGCACAACUAAGCCAAGAGGCUGCUCAGCUGAACCCCCAAAUCCAGGAAAAACCCCCCAAAUCCAGGAAAAAGCCCCAAGCAGAGCAUUGAGCCUGGAGAAUGCAGGACAGCCACUGCUGGCACUGGAAAUGGUUUCAGUUCAGAGGUGCAGGGGCAGAUCUGCUGGAGGGAGAUGUUGGGGUGAUGGUUUUACAGGGCUCCCAGUAGGGAGGGCUGGCUCCUCCUCCAGCUGUCAGCUCUCCCUUCAAUGGCCAGAGCAAAUUUUUGGCAUUUUGUAUCCUUCAAGGUUUUUUUUUUUCUUUGUUUUCUUGGUUUUCUGUAAAUUCAAACAGAUUAAAACCAAGCUACUGCUCGUGCAGCACAGCCAGGACCCAGGUCCCAGUCCAGCAGUGGAUUUAUCAAUAUUUCUGUACCAUGAGCAUUACCUGGGCCAGGAAUUGUGCUCCAGACUCUGGAAUGAUGAGUUGUGUAAAUAAUUUUGCAUAUCCACCCAUUUUACCACUCCUGCUUUGGCUGGUUUGGAGCCUCUCCUGAGGAAGUGUGAACACCUCCGAGCUUUGGGCAGCACUAUGAAUUCAUGAGGUACAAAGUUGCCCUAAAAAAACUACUUAAGACAGUUGUUAUUUGAAAACUUCACACUGAAAAAAGCUUGUCUGAUGAGGGAUUUUUUUCUCCUCCAAGCUUACAAGGACAGAAAAGAGCUAAAAACAACCUACAUGUUUUAUUCCUGGUCACUUAAAAGCAGGUUUUUAAAAGAGGAUUUUUGCUGCUUUUCCCUCUGUGCUUUGGGACUUUUAAAUUUUUUUUUUUUUUUUUUUUUUUUUUUUU